AUGGAGACUUGCUCGCUCAUCCUCCAUGAAAAACCCGCUGCUUUGGAAUUUAUAGAGAAGAAAUCGCUGAAAUGUAUUGUUGCAACUUAUCAGCUGCAUAACCAUAAUACUCAUUCCGGUAGCAUAUACAGAUUACAUGGAAAUAAGGUGGAUAAAUUAAUCGCUUUACCGGGAGGAGUUUUCCGUUUUGCUAUGCAGCCUGAUGGGUAUAUUAUUUCUGCUUUAACAACCGGAUCAAUUGGUGUGGUCAAUAGUAAUUUGGAUGCUGCACAUAUUUUGCCGGUGACCAAAAAGGAAACUCUACUUUCGAUUGCAAUUUGUGGAAAUUUUGCACUCUGCUCUGAUGUUUGUGGAACAGUGCAUGUUAUUAAUCUAGAAACGGGAAACAUUUCUUUCUCCUUUCUGGGACAUACUUCACCAUAUACUGAUGAACCGUGUGAGGUUUGGACAACGACUUGGCUUGAUACCAAUUGCACCCUAUCGGGCGGUGAAGAUAAUCUACUAAAACUAUGGGAUUUGCGAUUAGGUACAAAACAACCAGUCACUGUUAAUAAGACACAUCAGUGCGGUGUCAUUUCGCUUCAUACAGAAAAUUCAAAAUAUGUUAUCAGUGGUUCAUACGAUGAUCACCUACAUCGCGUCGAUCUCAGGAAUUUCGCUCAAUAUAUUCUUGACAAAAAGAUAAAUGGUAGUGCAUGGAGCAUACGCAUUGCUGAUGAAAAAUCGUAUGUUGUCUCAUGCAUGUACGGUGGUUGGAUAGUAAUCAAAAAGGAUAAUUUUGAUAUUCUUCAGGAAAAUAACAAACUAGGUGAAAAACUGUUAUAUGAUGCAGAUUUCUCACCACAAACUUCCGUUAUUGCUUCCUGUACUUUUAAUAAUUAUAGUGUGAAUUUCGAAACGAUAUAA